AUGCGGGCUGCUGCUUUGAGUCGGAUGCUCGCGCUCGUGCUCGUGCCUGUGCUCUUUCCUUCCACGAGGAUGCCCCCUUCUUUGUCAGAAGCCCUGCAACCUGGCUGCUGCUGCUGCUCCAACGGGCAGUCACAUCUGCACCUUGAUUCAUUGAAUCAGCAUCAGUUCUCUCAGCUUCUCUCUCACCUCGAUACCCGGAUACUUGGGAACGCGCCUGCCUCCCAUUUCACGUCGUCAAGACGGAUCCAACUGACCGACCAGCGGGCUGAGGCAAUCUGGGAGCACUCAUUCUCGGGGAGGAUCUGCGCUACCAACCCUCGUCUCGACUGCAGCUCGACCGUUCACCAUCGCCGGCCUUGCCCGCCUCGGCCAGACGUUAUGACACGUAACUCGGACUUCGUGGAUGUCGAUCCGUGGGAGACCCAGGACAAGGAGGAUACGGCCGAAGCUUAUUACAACCAGCCUCUCCGCCAGAAGCACCGCAUACUGGCCGAUGAGAACCUCAGACUCAAGCGACUGCUCAGAGAAAACGGCAUUACAUGGUCGCCCAUUGCCACAGCUCACAUUCAUGCCGUGAAGCAUGGAAACUCGGGGCGCAUGACCCGCCGCCGCUCUCUCGCCGCCGCCCCGACGAACCCAUAUCUGCCUACUGAGGUUCUGCUUCGCAUACUCAAGUAUGCACUCACAGCGCCCCUCUCGAUCUUUGACCCCCUCUCCAAGCUGAGGCCGGACACCGUCACCGCCGAAGAGAAGGCACGUGGGAACCAGAUCGCCAUUCAUUUUCUCGCCACCUGCAGAGCCAUGCACACGGAAGGAACCCGCAUUCUGUGGGGUCAUAAUUCCUUCACGUUCACGAGCCCCGAGGCCCUCCGUAAUUUUGCCGAGCUUGACGUGAACCAUCGAAAGGGCAUCAAAAGUGUCACGUUCCGCAUCAUUGCCCAAUUCUACGACGACAAGAAGCGUCCCGACAAACUUCCCAUGUUUGGAAACGACAUGCACAAUAUGGCCUCACAUGAGUUGGGAUGUUCUUUGAAUGAACUCUACGUGACUGGCCUCCCCAUCGACGACCCCGGAGUCAAGGCCUCCGCCGAGCUUACUGGUCUCCUACGGGAUGAGGGUCUUUACAUGACGGGAGUGCCUGCCUAUGUGCAGACUAAGCGAGGGGUUCUUUCACUCAGCGGCCAUCCCAUCUGUGCUCGAGUGAUCCGCGCCUACAAGUCCCUUCGUGUCGGUUCGCUGGGCACAUCUGCCGUUCCGAUCGAUGAUGAACUCAGCGAUAGCGAAGAUACCGACUUUGACGCCUUGGACGGGUCCGGCUUGGACGCUCAUCACUCGCAUAUCCCCACAAUGCCUUCUGCUCCUGCCCAGGAAGGCCAUCCGACCUCUCAUCGAGAGGACAAGGUCAUCUGGAAGCGGGUUCCAAUCUCGCGCAACUCCGGGGAGCGGAGAUGGGUUGAGUUUUGCCGCAGUAGUGGGUAUCCCAUCGAACCACCCGCUGAUAAGAAUGGGAAUGACGAUGAUGAAGAGGAUGAGGAUGAGGACAGCAUCAGCAUCUGUCCUUGCUGCGGCGAGCCUCAUCCCGGCACCUUCCUUGAUCAGCUUUUGGAUGAGGCCGACUGA